CUAAUUUAUAUAUGAAUAAGCCAGCAAAAAAAAUAAACUCAUUGAAGUGAAGAUCAUGAAAGGUCAAUGUAGAAAAUAGGAAAGGAGAAAAUAGAAAUAUAAUUGAUUAAAGAAAAAAAAGUUGCAAUGAAGUCAAUUUACAAAUUAUUUUUUUUGUGCCUCACACUAACUGUUUUGGUAAUAUUACUGAAUCUAACUACAAAUUUUAGAAGUAAGAUAUAUGAUGAGCACAAGAAAGAAAAGUUGUCAUAUUCUUUAUUGAAGAAAAAAAUAAAUAUGCCUGUGACCAGAGAAGUAACUAUAUGUGUUGUAGUCUGUGGAGAUAGAUUAGAUGAAUCCUUGACUAUGCUUAAAUCAGCAUUAGUUUUUACAAAUACAUCACUGCAAUUUAUAAUAAUAACAGAAAAUAACUUGAUACCGGCAUUUAAUGAAAAGUUAUCAGAAUGGAAACUUAUUUCUAAUAAAACAUUUGACUUCGUAAUAAGAUCUAUAACAUUCCCUGAAGGAAAUGAUCCAGGAAUAUGGAAAAAAUUGUUUAAACCUUGUGCUGCUCAACGAUUAUUUUUACCAACUGUCUUAAACACUACAGACGCAGUUUUAUAUAUGGAUACAGAUACAUUAUUUUUAGCUCCACCAGAAAAAAUAUGGGAUGAAUUUAAAAAAAUGAAUUCCAACCAAUUAGCUGCUUUAAGUCCAGAACAUGAGGACCCCAAUACUGGCUGGUAUAAUCGAUUUGCUAAACAUCCAUAUUAUGGAAAAUUGGGAGUGAACUCUGGUGUUAUGUUAAUGAAUUUAACAAGGAUGAGACAGUUCAGAUGGACAAAUUAUGUUGUGCCCAUUCAUAAGGAAUAUAAAUUAAAGAUAACAUGGGGAGAUCAAGAUAUUAUAAAUAUAAUAUUCCAUUAUUAUCCAGAAAAGCUUUAUGUUUAUCCAUGUAGAUUUAAUUACAGACCUGAUCAUUGCAUGUAUAUGUCAGUCUGUACCGAAGCAGAGAAACAUGGUGCUUUAGUAUUGCAUGGAUCUCGAGGUAUGUUUCAUUCGCAGAAACAACCACCAUUUAAAGCUGUAUAUAGAUCCAUGCAAGAGUAUCAAUUGAAUACAGAUCCAUAUGAUUAUUUAUUUGUACCAAUGAAAAAUUAUUUGACAUUGGAAGAUAAGUCUAAUUGCGGCAAAGUAUGGAAGGCAUUUCUUAUACAACCUGAAUUACAUUUAAACAAAAAUGUUUAAAGUUACAUAGUAAUAAUGGAAUUUGUAUAUAUAGGUACUUCAUCCUAUGUAACCAAAAUAUAACUGAAAUUUUGAGAUACUCUUUUUAACAA